AUGGGCCGGAGAGAUCAGCCCGGCGCGGCAUCAUCCUUCCAGGAUAUUUUUCAACAAGUCGUUGAAGGUCUGGCCCUACAUCAGCUUGCCGUAUCGGCCACAGGUGCCAGGUCGCCGCUUGUGGCUCUACGCUCCUCGUGGGACGGCGUGCCCACCGUGCUCACGUCGCGCGAGAUCUGGGCGACCAUCACCCCUCGGACCAUCCUGUUUGGCCACUUCGCCGUCUCUUUUCUUCGGAUGCUCAUCUUUGGGCCAAUGAAUUUGAUGUGUUUUUUUUUGUUUGGGCUUGUUUUCCCCGUUUGA